GCCCCGAGCGCACCGACUCGCGGGCGGAGCAGGAAGGAAACCGCUCCCAAGCGCGGCGGCAGCGUCGUUUCUAGCCGUGCAGCUGCCGCUGCCACCAUCUCUCGGUUGCUUUGCGGGUCCCUUUCCUGCAGCAUGAGUGGUCUGCGCGUCUACAGCACGUCGGUCACCGGCUCUCGUGAAAUCAAGUCCCAGCAGAGUGAGGUGACCCGCAUCCUAGAUGGGAAGCGAAUCCAAUACCAGCUAGUGGACAUCUCCCAGGACAACGCCCUUCGAGAUGAGAUGCGAGCCUUGGCAGGCAACCCCAAGGCCACCCCACCCCAGAUUGUCAACGGGGACCAGUACUGCGGGGACUAUGAACUCUUCGUGGAGGCCGUGGAACAGAACACACUGCAAGAGUUCCUGAAGCUGGCCUGAGUAGGGAUGGCCACCAUCCCUACCCAACUCCUCACCAGGCCUUGAAGGACCUUGUGACCAACCUUGGAGUCCCUCUCUGCAAACCCAAGCCCUUUCUGUAUCCUCCUCCUUCCUUCCGAGGCAACAUUCCUUACUCACCCAUCGGUCUCAAGAGAUUGUCUUAAGCAAUGCCCCCAAUGCUGGCUGCCCCUAGCCAGGCCAUGGGGCUACCUCCCUGCCUGGCACUGUCUGAUGGGUAUUUCUGUUAGUUCCAUCAGCCAGAGCUCUGCCAAAGGCCCCGCAAGCCCCUCGCCUAGGAGCAUCCUAGAGACAAUUAAAUGCCCAUUCCACUGGUA